CUAGCCUCAAAUUAUCACUUCAUAUCAAGGUCAACCUCAAAUAGGGGUGCAGUUAUUACAGCACCAUUCUAAUUCUCUGUAUAUGCAGUAAAUCGCUUCAUAAAUGAGAGGAGAGACAGAAAUGUCGUCUGCUAACGUUUAAUAGAAAGAGCGAGAUGGACGUUUUGCUUGUUCGCUGCUACCACAUACCACAUUUGACACACUUUGAGAAGGCAGCUUGUUAGGAUUCAGCUAAUUUGUUACGAAAGAGUUGGUAAAGAUUUCAGAUCCGCGACGGUAAACCCGGCGAUAAACCAACAAAUUACAGAAAAUGACAAGCUUGCAGGGGUUCAGAUUUGUUCGCAACGUAUUUGGACUGAAUUGUAGAUGGGUUUCCUCCUCGGUGAGAUACAGACAUGGAGACAAUGAAGCAAGGAGUAGCAGUGACUCCUCAUCAUCAGAGAGUGAUCAAACAACUCAAGAAGAGCCUAGUGUUGAAGACAUCCAGAAGCUGGUUCUCAACACUGCCCUAGAGUUUGUACCCAUUCAUGGUUGGACUGUCAAGUCUCUUGCUGAGGCUGCCAAGCAUGAAGGAUACCCAGGAGUUGCCCAUGGCAUGUUUUCCAGGGGUGGAGGUGAUCUUAUGCACCAUUUUGUGAGAGAGUGCAAUGCACAGUUGGCAGAGCAGCUGGCUUCGGAAGCUAGUAAAGAUGUGGAAGAAGGAGAAAGGAAGAAGACUGGUGCAUUUAUCCGAGACGCCUUGCAGACUCGUCUCAGAAUGAUCAUCCCGUAUCAUGCGCAGUGGCCUGAUGCUAUGGUUCUUACAGCGAGACCUGAGAAUAUAGCUGAACACUUCCGUAAUCUAGCAAACCUUAUGGACACAGUCUGGUAUCAUGCCGGGGAUAAAUCUGCAGAUUUCAACUGGUACACCAAGCGACUGUCUCUGGCUGCAGUGUAUAAGAGUACAGAACUGUGCUUUAUUCAGGACCAGUCGCCAGAUUUUGAGGAAACGUGGACAUUUUUAGACAACAGGCUCACAGACUUUACUAGAUUUGCCAAGUUCAGAGGAGAUAUGGAGACUGCUGGUAGUGCAAUGAAUGAAUUUAUGUCUGCAGCAAUUACUUCUGCAAGGAACAUUUCAGGGCUUAAUUCAAGAAACUGAAAGAAACCGGGAUCAUAAAAUCAUCCACUGGCUCGUAUGCUCGCCUGAUGUGUAGGACUUUGUGCACCAAACAUGUUUAUUGUGAAAACAGGUCCAUUUGAGCAGGAUUGCUGAUAGCAUGCUCAAAGCAUGCAGUCAAUCUUCUUUAACCUGUUGACUGCUGAAUUCUGUAAUUCCCAUAGACUUUCAACAGGGACCAUUUCGGCAGGCAAUGGGUUGAAUUUAUUUGAAUCAGUUGGGACUGAUGAAAUAGCUUCAACUUGAACUAAAUUUGAUUAUGCAACUAAAAAGAGACAGCUAUACUUAAAAGCGGUCUGUAUUAGGCUUCCAUGGGGAGUCCAUUAUGAUUUGUGAAAAGCACUGGAAUAAGCGGGAGAAUAGUUGCAUCUUUAGGGGCUCAUCCAGUUGUUGUGCAGUCCCAACAUAUAUUCCGUGAACUACAUUGGGCAUUGUGAGGCUAGGGGAAGUGAGAUAAUCACUUUACAAUAUGAGGUGAUGGAUUGAAUAUACACAGCAUUAUUUAAUGGAUUCUAGUCAUAAGAUUGAAUUCUGUGGAGAUUCAACUUCUAAGGCAGAUUCAUACUUGUACUGGGUGUUCAGCCUCAGUGUGAAUACAUACCAGGUCGGAUUCAAUUUAGUACUUAAGCCAAAAUUUUAAGUAUUUUACUCACUAUUCUGCUGAAGUAAAAUACUUAUCCUUCAUGGGUAUUCAAUUGUCGUUUUAAGGUAAGUAUUUUGCUACGAGUUAAAUCCAUGUCAGCCCCUACCUGGGAUAAGUCUGAUGAUCGUGCAGUUUACAGACGUACAUGCAGUCAGGCAUCCUGCACCUGGGUGCACGAUUAUUUGGCUUAGACUUUAUGACGUCACAAUUGGUAUUUGUAACUAAUUUUGAUUAAAUUUGGCUUGAUAGAUUAAAAUACUUCAAAUUGACCUGAAUAUGAGUAUGCAUUUUGCUUUUUUUAUAGCCAAGUAAAAUAUUUACUCCAACAAUUCUUUCUAUCAAAUACCAUCAUAUUUCUGUUAAAAGUGUCCUCUUGUGAUAGUGACAGUUGUUUUCACCAGUGAGCAUACUCUUUUCUUUCUUUUGAAAUAAUAAACCUGCAGUGCAUAUGCUUUUAUUUCACACUUUUAGAAGUUUGGGGUGUAACUGUCAUGUAGCAAUGGUGAAGGCAUAGAUUAUAAAUGAGUGUAGUUGAGAUUCCAUCUACUUACGUAAUGAAUUAUGGAAGCAAUGGAUUUCCAUAGCAGAGAUUAAUGAGAUCGGUCAUAACUCUUUGUAUAGCCCAGCGCACACUAUGCAAUACGAUUUGACACCAUUAUUUAAUAAAUCGCAUUUUGCAUUAAAUGUGAAGGGUCCAAGAAGUAAAAUUAUUUUACUUGAAGUUUGGCAUUAUGUUAGGAAUAAUAAAAUUAUACUUUUGCAUUGCAGCAAGCCCUGUAGUGGGAUUAAAGUCAAAAUCGGCUUCAAGUUGCAGCCGAUGAUGACGUCAUUAUUUGAAAUUCAAUUUGCUUUUAUUCCUACAGGGAGGCUCAAACUAGACUGAAUUUCAAUUUCAGUAGUCCUACCACUAUUCUGAAAUCUCUAAGAUUUUAUUGGUUGGGAUAUUCAUAUCAAAUGUUCUGACAAUUUCUUAGAAAUUCGGAUCGCAAGAAAUCGUAUAGUGUGUGGCGGGCUUAAGAUUGAAUUUACACUUGAAUGCUGUAUGAAGUCAAAGAAGAUGAGCAUUUAUUUUUCAUAUAAUUUCUUCAUAUAAGGCCAUGUGUUAUGAGGUCGCCUCAUUGAGUUUUGCUUUUGGGUCACAUUUUUAACUUCAAAAGUCUAUAUCUCACUAAGUAUACACCCUAUGAUGGUAAAAGUAUAUAUUUUCUGAAAGGAAAUUGCUCAAUAAAUCCAAAUACAUGUACUCAGAAAUAGUAUUAGGUGUAAGACCUUAGUGUUAUAUUAUGAUGAAUAGAAGAAAAAAAAUAUUUUUAAAAAUCUAUUUGUGAUUAUGAUAGUUUGUAUAGUCCCCUAAUGACCAAAGAAUGUAUAAUUUUAUUGGGUUUAUGGUCAAUAAAUUACCUCAAAAUCAACCAGAACAAAAAAAAAUGUAUAUAUCGUGUGUGCUAUUUUUUCCUGCAUUACCAUUACAUGGUGGGUGUAUCUGCUGUGUCCAUCUGAUUUAAGGUAUAAAACAACUUAAACAAAAUGUAGAAUAACAGACCAAUUAAUACUUCGAAGAUUCUUCACAUAUUGUAAGUCUGAAUGUCUCGAUCUGACCUGUGUCAUUUGACCUUUCAAGAUCUGUGAUCCUACAGAAUAGUAGAAAUCACAUUUUCUGGUCUUUACAAAAAAGCUACAUGAAGAAAAUAUGUGUCAAUAUAGAAGAAUUAUUGUGAAAAGUGAAAAAUUUUGACAAAUUUUCUAUUUCUUGUUCAAUGUUUUGACCUUCAGUUGUUUUUUGUAGGUACAUGUGACAAUGACAUUGCCAAACUUAUUUUUUAAUCAAGUACAAAUAACAGUAAAGAGAAAUGUUCUAGCUAAUUUGUAGUUGAAAGCAUGGACCUGGCCACGAAGGAUUAUCUAUCGUUACUGGGGGUGCUGUGACAAUGCUCAGCACCCCCAGUAACAAGAGAAUAAUCCUCCGUGGACAGGUCCAUGGUUGAAAGUCAAGUUUUCACAAAAGCUAUUAAAGAUUUAACCAAAAUAGCACAAAAUAUUGAGAAUCCCCAUUGACUUUGUACAGAUGAAACUUCUUCCGGCACCACCCCUGGUUCUUGGUCUUUAAAGACAUGUGACUCAAAUUCUAUUUAUCCUAGACCCAUAAAACUCUCUAGAUUAUUAGCCAAUGAAUUCAGGUUUAAAAUGAUACCAAACUUGUUGGCAUAGCUUAUUUGUUUGUUUUUUUUAUAUUUAGGAAUAACAAAUUAACCAAAAUGUGUAACAACACCACCACUUUUAGCGGGCGGCCUCAUGACACAUGGCCAUAAACGUUAUGUAAUUAUGUAUACCUGAAAAAUUCUUCAAUAUAUUUAUCGAGUAUAUGUUUUUCUUGUAAUAAAUAGAGAUGAAUUAGA